UUUUUGACCUUUUGGGGUUAGACCUUUUUGUUUUUGAACUUUUGGAUUUAUCCCUGCUCCCCUUAACUCGUUUUGUUCCUUUCAAAUUUAAUUUUAUUUUUGACAUAAAUUCUUUCUUUAUUAAUUUUAGUUUAUUGAAAUGCGAAAAACUACCUCAGUUAACAAAACAAAGCCCAGAGCCAAUACAAUUGCCGCCAACCGCAAAAAUUUAAAUUCUUCAAAUCAAAAUUCAAUUCUUAAUUAUGUCGAUUCAAAACCAUCCUCUAGUAGUUCUAAUUGUAGAAUUACUCGUCAAAAUAAAAGACAAACAUAUUGUGACAAUUCUGACGAAAAUAUUAAACAACAAGAAAAUUCUAGACAAGCAAAAAAUGCAAAAUUUGAGGCAGAACAAUUUCUUGAAAUUGAUAGAUGUUUUAAAACUGUUGAGGCUGGGAGGAGAAAUGACGCGGAAAAAUUGAUUCCUGACAGUUUGGAGGAGUUGGCUUCUGACAAUGAAGAGGACAAAAAAUUGGGCGAGUUAGGACGUGAAAUUGAUUGUCUAAUCUCUUCUGACCAUGUCAAACGACUUCAUGCAGACAACGAAUUGUUUAUUGAAUUUAAUUAUUUUACUUUCGAAAUUGUUGGCUCUUUUGGGAAAGUUUUUUCAAUUAAAAACCCAGAAAAUGCUCGUAGAGUAUCGAAAAUAUAUAAAAAUAAUUGUUUUCAACUAAUUUUCUUUUCGUCGCUCAAUUCAACUCUUCGUUCAGCUUUACUUGAAUGUUUUCAUUCUUUGGCUAUUUCUGAUGGAAUUGAAAUUUCUUUUGACAAUUUUUUGACUGUUUUCUGUUAUGUUUUUCAAACAAAACCUAGCAAUUUAAAAAUUGAUUAUUCGGAUGAUUUAAUUGAAAAUAUGUAUACUUUAAUGGAAGAAGAAAAGCCUGUAGAAAAUGCUAAAGAUAUUUGGACUAUUUUACAUGAAAAUAUUUAUUCUUUCUUUGAUUGUUUUAUUUUCAUCAACUUUACCCAUUGGAAUAAUCAACAAUUAAUUUCACUUUUUUGUUUACUUUGCCGGAUUUAUUUUGACAAACAACUAAUUAAUUGUCGUUAUCUUAUUUCAAAUUCAUUUAAAUUGUUAAUUAAACAAUUAUUUUCUGCUGACGUGGACCGUUUAAAUUCGAUUCUUAAUGAAUUUUUAAAUAAAAAAUUAUUGGAAUGUGUUGAUGAAAAUAUUGGAAGAACUUUUGAAUUGUUUACUUUAUUUGCUCAAUUUGAGCAAUUUAAUCAACACAAACUUUCAACAUUUCGUUCAAUUCUUCAUUCAUUUUCUUCAACAAAUUUAACAAAAAAGUCAAAUCCUUCAAUGGACCAAGUUAUCUCUAUUUUGCCUUGUGUUGUUAAAAAAUUGAAGUUAAACAAAAAUUAUACUGAUUUAUAUUUUAUCUACACACGUUUUAUUGAUGAAAUAACUAUAGACAAAAAUCUACUUCAACACGAAAAAGAAAAAUCUUUAGAAAUGGCUGAACAUUAUUUUAGAGAAGCUUCUCUAUCUUUGAAUAAAAGAAAUAUAAACGACAAAAUGAUUGACAUGUGGUCACGUUCUUUGCAUAGGAUACGUGAAGUUCUUCAAAAUAAACGAAAUAAUGCAACAACUUUAAAUAAUUUGACAGACUUUAAAGUAUUACAAAAACAACAAAAAUGGCAACCGACAACAAUAAAUAUUACAUCAGACAGUAUAUGGAGUACUAGUAGUGAUGAAGAAGGAGAAGAAGACAAUAAAUAA